CACGCCGCUCGGCGCGGGCGCGUCCCGCUUGGUCUACGGUCGGUGGUGGAGUCGGCAGUACCGGUCACGUGACGGUGGUCCGCGACCCGCUGAGGAUGCUGUCGGUGGUGGAGCCCGGCGGCCCCGGCGGCUGCGAGACGAGCCCCAGGGUGACGGCGGUGGAGACGGCGUUGCGGGCCGGCUGCCUGUACGCCCAGAACGCCGGCUUCUUCAACACCACCUCGGACCGUUGCCUCGGCAACGUGACGGCUGUGUCUGUGCUGCCGGCUGGAGAGGAAAGCGCUGCACAGCCGGGCUCCGUUCGUCCAGGGAGAUGUUCACGUUGUGGAGACGCCAGGAGACGUGCAGAGGAAACGAUUACCUCACAGAGCGGACCUGGCUGCUGGUCUCCGGGGUUCUGGUCUCGCUGCUGCUGCUCCGCCAGCUGCUGGUCCUCCUGCGGGCGGGUUGCAGGUGGGUCCUCCUGGGCUCCAUGGCGGCCCGCCUCCUUAUGUGGAAUAUGA